AUGGGAAGAAUGCGGAUUUACAUUAAUUUGAUAUUCUUCAUAGCAUGUCUAACAUGCGCAAUAGGUAGACCUGAAGUACAGAGCAGAGUUCCAGACUCGCCGUCAAGGAUUUUUGGAGAUGAGUCAGAUUCUACGACACCUAUCGAGAUAAGUAACUUCAGUGAACAUGUGCAAAUAAUGCCACAAAUUGAAAAUGAUAUGAAUCCUAAAGAAGAGAAAUCAGAAACUACUAGUGAUGAAACUACGACUGAAGAUGCGACAUCAAAUUAUGAUGAAAAUUUUAUUGAUGAUUCCUCUGUUACAACACUGGAGGAUGGCUUCACUGAGUCUACUACUGAAAAUACUAUCAUUACUUUUGAUUACACUACAGAUGCUUGGAGAACUACAGAAGAAUACAACGAUGUAAUCCUGCAGUCGGUUCCACUACCAGCUGGAGCCCUUGCCUCUCUACUUGGAUGA